GAGGGUUUCUCUCUUUCUUCAUUUCUCCCACUCUCUCUAUUUCUCUAACAACAUAGGAAUAAGGCUGAACAUGCAAGGAACCGAGCGUGAUCUGAACUACAAAGAGACCGAGCUGUGCCUCGGCUUGCCCCGCGGCGGCGGCGGCGGUGAAAAUGAAGUGGAAAGUUCUCCAAAGACCACAGGGAAAAGACGGUUCUCCGAGACUGUUGAUUUGAAGCUUAACCUAGAAAAUGGUUCAAAAGAAGCUGCUGCAUGCACCAAAGAUCAUUCAAAACAGCCAGCCAAGGCACAAGUGUUUGGAUGGCCACCAGUUCGAUCUUAUAGGAAGAACAUCAUGGAUAACCAGAAGAACAGCAGCGAGGAAUGUGAGAAAGCUGCGUUUGUGAAGGUUAGCAUGGAUGGUGCACCCUAUUUGCGUAAGGUGGAUUUGAAGAUGUACAAUAGUUACCAAAAGUUAUCUCAUGCCUUGGCUAAAAUGUUCAGUUCUUUCACUAUGGGAUAUUAUGGAUCUCAAGGGAUGAUAGACUUCAUGAAUGAGAGCAAGUUGAUGGAUCUUCUCAAUAGUUCUGAUUAUGUGCCAACCUAUGAGGAUAAAGAUGGCGACUGGAUGCUCGUGGGCGAUGUCCCAUGGGAGAUGUUAGUUAAAUCUUGUAAGCGUUUACGCAUAAUGAAAGGAUCGGAAGCGAUGGAGAAAUGCAAGAGCAGAGCCUAAACCACUUGGAACAACUAGAGCAACUUCGUUGAAAUUUACCUAAUAUUUUCAUAUAUGCUUUGUUAUAUGUAGAUAUGCAAAUAUAUUUGUAAUGGACGAGAAGCAAUGAAAUUAAAACCUAUCGUCUGGCUUUUGUUUACUGCUAAUGGGGGAGGAAUUUGUUUUUAAUCACA